AUGUCAAUUUGGAAGGAUCCUAAGUUAUACAGAAAGAAGCAUCAUGCUCCGAGAAAGCCAAAGGUUAUACUUUCUGUUACAAGUCUGAAGAAUUACAUACCUUCAGUGAUUGAUCUUCUUGAUUUUCCUGAAGAAAUAGAGAAUCUUUUGGCUCAACACAAGCAAAUUUUGGUAGAGAAUAGUAUAAGAAAAUAAAGUCCAGAUUCUCAGUAAAAUUGAUUAUCAUCCAAGAAGAAAUAAUGAAUGGUCUAAGACAUAUUUGAAUAAUGUUAAUAAAAAGGUGGAGAGAUUAAGAAGCGAGCCAAUGUUAUGAGAGUUCUCAGCUCCAAGUUAUAAAGGAUUUAAGAAAGAUCUCGACUAUCUCGUACUUGGGUAUUCCGAACUUGACCAAGAAUUAUCAAAAAUCACUUUAAACAUUAAUUGUUCCUCUCUAAACGCUCAGAAACCGUCCAAAAGCAUCUCAGAAGCUCCCUUACCUCCAAACCACCCUCCAUUAACCCCUCUCCCCAAAAUUUUCACUCUCAUAACUCUUCCCAAAAUCCCCAAAACCGCCUUAAUCACCCUCUCCAAAUCCCUCUUACCCUCCUUCGCUACUCUCAACACCCACCCUGCCUUCACUUCCUUCAACCCGACCAAUCCAGAUGCUACCUUCCCCACAAAGUACAAAUAACAUGAAGAUCUGAGCCCACAGUUAUUUCUGAGAUUACACUGAGAUUUAUCCAUCUCUUCCUCCUCCUAAUAGUCAUGCGCUUGAUGUAUCCGACUGAAGAGGGGUUGGGGCUCAUGCCCUCUGCAGGCAACUUGAUGAAGAAGAUGUGAGAAAAUAGGUUCAAGAGAGUUUAUGCGGCAGAUAGUUGCGGUGCUGAAUUUGGAAUGAGAAGAACUCCUAGGAAAAAGAAUAUUUUCAGUAAAUAAAGUCUAUGAUUGUAAGAAGGAGGCUAAGAAAAUCCCUGUUUUUAUGCUGAAAAACGAGAUUGAUAAGAUCAAAUUUAAGAAAACCUGGCAAGAUGUCAAUAAUAAAUCGAUCAAUACAAUCACUACUAGAUCUUUGUUUAAAGAAGCCGCUAUUAAUUUAGAGCAGGAGAGAAUUAAUUCAUCACUAUUGAAAAGGAAAUCAAUAUUUGAUCCAAAUUCUUUCUUAGCACCAGUUUCAUAUAAACCCCAGCCUUUUCCAAAGAUCUUUCCUAAAAUGCAUAUUCCAAAACAAAUCAUUGAGAAGAUUUGAACUCCUAAAAGACUAGAUUUUCUCUCAAAAGAUGUAGUUGAGCCACUCACCAACUAUCUUGAGUCACAAAUAUUAUGAAAUACUUACAAGAAGAAGAAUAUUGACUGAAAAACAGUCUUAGCCCAAAAACCAUCACCAGCUUUAAGUUCUGCUAAGAUUGAAACUCCAGUUAAUCGGAUGGACUCUAUUGAGAAACCUCUGAUGGUGAGCACCAAGAGCAAGAUCAGGACUAUCGAGGAGCCUACUAGUGAUGUAGAGUUCUCCAUCUCUGACUUAGACUUCAGUGAAAUUGAAGAAGUUCUUGAAGAUAGUCAAACUCAUACUCAAAAAGAAAGCAAGAGUGAAUCACAAAGCUGCUCAGAAAGCAGUAGUAGUGAACAUAAUAUUUUGGAAGAUCUAGAACUAGUCUUUGUAUCCGCACAAAACAUGAAACAGUCUGUAUCUCAAGGAGGCGCUUUCUUGAUUGAGUGACUGAAACCUGCAAAGGUUCAUUGGAUCAAUUAUAAUUUUCUUCAAAAAUUUGAGGAUAACUUCAAGUUCUGGCAAAUAGUAAUUGAUGGAGAUACAAUUGUUUUCAUCAACAAUCCAGCCAUCUUCAAUGCAGACAACCCAAACUUUGAAGAUGAAUAUUGAGAGUCUGCUAAACAAAUCUUCAAAAUAUAUUGUCAGUUUACUAAGAAUUUACUCUUUAUCAUGAUUGCAUUACAUGAGACAGCCCCGACAAAAAUCUCCAAAAAUAUUGAAAUUGUGACAAUGAACCAAGACCCUCUAAUCCAACAGUCAACUGUCUAUUCUUACCAAGAGUGUGCUUACUUGGUGAAUAAUUUGUAUAUCCCAGAGACAUUUGAAAAGAAAAGUCUUAAGGCUCCGAAUAAUAUCUGGAAGGAUCGUCAAAAUCUUGAGAAGUUUCUUAGUCCAGAUUAUGAAAUCAGUAUCAGAUGCAAAACCAUCAUUCCUCUGAAUGCUAUUGGGAAAUACUACUUCCUUGAGAAGUUGAACUCGAUCAACAUCGAUCACCACGAUGAACUAAGCCUUGAUCUGUUUUCGAGCCUCAUUGAUGUGAUAGAUAAACCAAUUUUAGAAAAGGCUAUAGAGACGGCCAAUAGAAUCUUGUUCGGAUCCAGAAUCAGCUCUGAGACCUCACAACACAUGCCAAGGAUUUCUGCCCAGAAGUCUAUUCCUUUGAGAAGGAUAGUAAAAAGUGAUUUUGGUGCUUCCACCAUCUCUGAAGAGGAAAGCAGUUCAGAAAGUGAUAGAAUAGAGGAAAAUAUCCAAAAGAAGAUCAACAAGUCUCGAAAACUGAAAGAUAUACGCCGUAAUCUAAUAUCAAGGCAGGUUAUCAAGAGAAGUCCCACUUUUGGAACAAGUUCUAAAGAAGAAAGUACUGACUUAACUCCUGAAAGUGGAGACAUCAGCCAGAGAUAUUCAUUUGAAGCUUUAGAGAAUAAGUUUAAGGCAAAACAAAAUAAGAAACCUGUAGUUUUUCCUACUCAGCCUUCUUAUGAGACUCCAAUACAGGCUUCGAAUACAACAACUUCCGAAGAGUCUAAUAUCAUAUUAAACUCAGUUCGCAAAGAAGACAAGAGAUUCGGGAAGCAAAGACAGAAUCAAAAGACCCAGAGAGAUGAGCUAAUGAGAAAGAUUAAUGCUCAGAAGUACAGAAUCAGACAGUCCCAGAAACCAUAAUUGGCAUCAUCAAUCAUAAA